AGAAGCGCCCAAUUAAUCCCAACCCAUCCGCUAAUCAAUCCUCGAAGAUCCCCAGCACAGAAAAGAAAGCAUGAGCUUGUUCCAUCACCACCACCACCACGAUCAAAACCCCUCCGUCAAUCCACCUCAGCCUCGCCCCGCCCCUUUCGAUGGCGAAAUGAUCCGCAACCCCACCGUCCGAAUCUACACCAAAGCAGAAGAAAAUUACUCCCUCACCGUCCGCGAUGGCGCCGUCAUCCUCGCUCCGGCGAACCCCCGCGACGAAUUCCAGCACUGGUUCAAGGAUUUCCGUUGGGGCACGCAGGUGAAAGACGAAGAAGGUCUCCCUGCUUUCGCUCUCGUCAAUAAAGCCACCGGUUUAGCCAUCAAACACUCGCUCGGCCCAACUCAUCCUGUUCGUUUGGUACCUUUCAAUCCUGAUUUCCUGGACGAAUCUAUACUGUGGACCGAAAGCCAUGACACUGGAGAGGGCUUCCGCUGCAUCAGAAUGGUGAACAAUAUACAGCUUAACUUUGAUGCCUUCAAUGGCGAUAAGGAGCACGGUGGCGUUCAUGAUGGCACCACCAUCGUGCUCUGGGAAUGGGUUAAGGGCAAGAAUCAGAGGUGGAAGAUUGCUCCCUAUUACUAAAGGGAGGAAAGACGAUGGAUUCUGGUGAAUGUGAUUUGGAGCUGAAUGUUACAAUAAGAUUCGUUCCAGAGUGGGUUGCUUUUAGCUGCACUUUGAACGGAGUUUGUUUGUUUUGUGAUGUUGGAUGUUUUUUGUAAUGGCUUGAUUAGUAAGUUUGAAGGCUUCCAUAUGUCUCUUAUGUAUU